AUGUACCCAGCAUUCUACGAAGAACUCUUGAGAGCAGCAACAACGGCAUCAGUAAACUCAGAUGUUGACGCAGCUGCAGCUCCUUCCGCGGCCACGUCACGAGUUCGAAUAUCUGUUUCUGCGAACACGCUCAUGACGGCCUUCUCAAUCGCUUCCGCGCGCUCCUCUAACUUGAGAUACCUGAGCAUCAGCACUCCACCAAUGAUGGUGGCCGUGAGAUUCGCGAUUUGUCGGCCAGGAAGGGAGCGAGCCGAAUGUCUAGUUCCCUGCUCAAAUAUGGCUCCGCUAAUGCCUAUGUUGGCGCCUGGGAAGAGCCCCCGGUCCACCGAAGAGACCAGUGGCGAUGUUUGUGACAAUGUUGCCGUACAGAUUUGGCAAAAUCAUGACAUCAAAUUGCUGCGGGUUCGAAGCCAUCUGCAUGCACGUGUUGUCCACAAUCAUGGAUUCAAACUCAAUAAAAGGAUACUUGCUGGCAACGUUUGUGCAGCACUCAAGGAACAGGCCGUGUGCACUCUUCAUUACCUUUAA